AUGGUUCUACUGGUCCGGAGGCAAGUACAUUUGGUCAAUAAUGAGCCCUCACACUGUUGGAGCUGUGCCACCAGCCAGAACAGACUUUUUAAUGAGAGAUCUACUGACACUUCCAGGGACAGACAGGCGGAAGAGGACCUGAGGGAAGACAAGGGCACACCAGGCAUCCGUGGUGAGAAGGGAGUAGAUGGGAAGAAGGGUGUGGAGGGAGAGCCGGGAUUGAUGGGGUCGCCAGGUCCUCUGGGCGUUCUAGGGCCAAAGGGAACACAGGGCCUUCUGGGUAAUGUUGGACAGGGUGGACCCAAAGGAGAGCAGGGGGACAUCGGCCCACCUGGACGAAGAGGAACCCCUGGGCUUCCUGGCAUGCCUGGAUUGUUUGGUGAAAAGGGUCCAAAUGGGUAUGAAGGACAACCUGGCCCAAAGGGGACAAGAGGACCACCUGGGCUACCGGGAGCACCAGGGCCCCCUGGGAUAUCUCUGAACCUCACACUAGUACAACUGAAGGAUCUCACCUACUUGGCAGACAAGCCCAACUAUCCUCUGAUUAGAACCUUACUAGAAUCACUACAGCAGGACCUGCGCUGGUUUUUAAACCCACCAGAGGGCACCAAAGAGCAUCCAGCCACCAGCUGCCUUGAGCUGUGGCUGUCACAGCCCAACUUCACCAGUGGGAUGUAUUACAUUGACCCAAAUCAGGGGAGCCCUGCUGAUGCCCUUCUGGUCUACUGUGACCUCACUUCAGGUGGAAAAACAUGCCUGUCUCCAUGGAAAUCUCAGUUACCUCUGAGAUCCUGGCUAAAGGAUUCCGACGCAGACUCUUUUCAGUGGCUCAGUAAUAAAGAGGGUGGCUUUCAGUUUGAGUACACAGAGAGCAGUGUGGUGCAGAUGAGGUUCCUGAGACUCAACAGCAACCUGGCCACUCAGAACAUAACCUUCACCUGCCAACCCGGCAGCAGGCAAGGAACAACAGAGAGGGAGAUUAAGUUCCUCGCAGACACGAGGAGGCAAAGUUAUAUGGGCACGUUACGUGAUUGUAUGCCCGCUGCGGCGUUCGACCUUGGGUCCCGGGAGUCUGUGUUCCAGUUUGAGACCAACGACCUGGAUCUUCUACCAAUCAGAGACGUGGCUUUGUUUGGCAACAGUGACCUCACUGAAGAGUUUAGCUUCACUGUUGGGCCUGUUUGCUUCAGUUAGGACCAAUUGCAUAUGCUCAGCCUGGAGGACAGUUGAUCUUAGGAGUGCCUUUCAUUUGGCACUCCAGCAAAGGAGAGCUGGAUUUGGGGGAAAGCCUGAAAAUGAAAGGGCAACGACCAGGACAAGGAUGCUUUGUACUGUACUCUGUGUUGCCAGGGACCAGGAAAUCUAGUGUAUC